CCGCGACUUUUCUCGCCAUCGCCCCUAGCAUCUCACACAUUCCAGGACCGGUUCCCAUGUCGCACGAGAUGGCCAUUGCAGCAUACAGAAAUCUCUUGCGAUCAACGCGCAUCGCGUUCCGAGGAGACACACGCAUGCUCUCCGCCGCACGUCUUGAAGUGCGCAAGAACUUUGAGAACAACCGCGGGCUCGCCACCGGCAGCGAGGAAUACUCCAAGCAAAUCACACACGCAGAGGAGGUGGCAAAGUUUCUACGAGAGAACGUGGUGCAGGGAGAGGCAAUGGAUACGGAAGGCAGCUACAAGCUCAAUAUCCACGAGCAUACCGAGCGCGGGGACAACGAGGAUAUCAAGAAGGGGAAGGGGAAGGGGAAUACAUUAGCAGGAACCAAAUGCUGCUCGGCUUGAACUUUUCUCCGUCCAAUACGAAUCGUGAUACCCGCCCUGAACGCCGACCAAUGCUACAAAUGUAAUACAUGC